AACUACAGGAAGAGAAAAGUCAACCAGCGGCAUUUCGGAUCAGCUGACAGGACUUAAUGACACGUGAAGGAAGAACAGCCAGGAGCAGGCUGCAGGAGAGUUACUGAACAAGUGGACUGCGUAGAGCUAUAUUAAAUACGCACAAGAUCCUGUUGGCACGUGUGCUACACUCAACCGUUAAUAAUAAGACAAAAAACCACAGCGCUACGGUGUCCAGGUACUUCCGAGGUGUGCGAUUCUAAGAAAUUCUUUCAAUCAGCAUACAUCAGAGUUUAUUUCUAAUAUUUAGAAGUUAGAAAUAUCGAAUAUUGGCCUGUAAUAAGAGAGAAUAUGAUCAUUAGGCUACUGUCUAAAAAUAAGUCAGGCAUGAAAUAUAUAUUAUUUUUGUGGAGUGACACACAUUUCUGUACAUCAGUUCAGUUUUUCUCCCCGUGUAAAGGAACACAGUGGGCCAUUGCAUGUAAAUCCAUUUAAGUCCAUUUUAUAAUCUCUAAAUCAAUUCUACACGUUCUCUGCCUUUCUUAUGAAGUUCGGUUCUCACAUUAACGUUCACGCAGUAGAUUUUGGAGACGUUUCUGCGGGACUCGACAUGUUUUGAGGCAUUUUUGACUAUCAGGGAGCUUUCCUUCACUCACACACACUUUCGGUGACACUUUAGCUCGAUUUGUUAGAUUAAACGAGUGGAUUAAUGGUGACCGUUUCAAGCAAAGUCUGACGCGUAUAAUCUCCAUUUUAGAGUUGAGCUGAAAUGCAUUAGAGAUUUAGAUCAAAUAAAAAUAACGGGACUUACGAUGAAUUCGAACUUAUUAUUAUCCGUAAAUAAUAAUAAUAAUACUAAUAAUACUACAAAUCAGUAAAUGUAACAAAAUGUUAACGCCAAGGCCGUCAUCAAAAUAAAAUGCUUUCGUGUCAUGUUGAUUUGAGGGUUAACUAAAAUGAACAUAAUCAAAUGAACAAGCUAAAAAAAAAAAAAAACUGUACAAUUCCUCCUUUUCUUGAACGGCAAGCUUAACCGUCCGAUCAGUAAUCACUAGCCGACUUGAUUAUCCAUCUACAUAUCCUAAACACGGAAAGGUCACGUUCUUCAACCCCGUGUACCACACACGCACAUUUAAUAAUUGAAUACAAGCGUUGGAAGAUAGUAUUCAGUAGUCAGAUCUGCUGUGGUUUCUGCUAACAGGAUGUGUCGCCACACUUUUUUAGAAGCGCGCCAACUGUCAGUUAUAACGGAAGCGAAAGAGACACAGAAUUCUACUAAAAUCUGCAAAAUUUCUCUACAAUAUUGAUACCAGGACAGGAUCCUAACCCAGCACUCACCCAGUUACUUUUCACCUGAUCAUUCUGAUUAAUACUCAGGGCCUACGACAGCACCAGUGUCGCCUUGUUGCUCUCGAACAUUGUCUAACCCAAAAUCAUAACCCAAUGUGAUUGUAAUGUAGUGGCUACGGCGCCUAAUUCCUGAGCCGUAUCAUAAGCCUGUUUUUCUUUUUUCACGAGAUAAGACGUAUUUUGUUUAGAGCAGAGGUUCUCAACUUUUUGUAACUAACCACCCCGCCCCAAAUAUUAGAGGAAACCAGGUAUAAUGAUUAUCUAUUCUAUAUAUAAUCUAUCUAUAUAUAACCUAAUCUAUAAUUUGUUUUGAUAGAUAGAUAGAUAGGUAGAUUUAUUUUUUUUUUGCUUUUUGUACUUUUUAAAAUGACUUUUUUUUUUUUAAUAACUUUUAUGAUUUUCUAAAAGAACUUUUAUAAAACUAUAUAACGGACAGGUAUGGGAACACGAAUGAUAUAAAAUGUUUCUGAACUCUUUAACUGCUUUGAACGAGAGAACUAGGCUGUAUUAACGUGGACUAUUUUACAUGUAAAACAAGUUGAAUUCCAUUCGUCUUGCGUUCUACAAACAUUCACGUAAGAAAGAUACAAAUGUGGAUCAAGGGCGCGUCUCGUUAGCCAUGACAAUGUUAAAUCUCUGGCUCUCAGACACUCACUGAACAGAGCAGUUGCAGAGAUAGGCGCAAGUGCAGUGGGACAGCAAGACCUUGUGCUUUCAGGACAGUUUUUGGAAAAAAACUUUCCAGUAUUUGGAAAGUUGAUAAGAGUGACCAACACGACACGUGUUAGACUAUUGUCCAAUCACGUAAUGGACUGCGCUGCUGACAUCAUCAUCCAAGUCUGAACUCGCCUCGAAGUGAAUGUUCGUUGACUGUGACCUGAGACGAGGAAACCAAACGACCACAGCUUAUCAAAAGGCCGGGAGAUUUGUACAAAGAUGCGCCAACUUGUCAUGUAUCGUGACGGAGCGGAGAUAGGACGGAUGCAAGUGCAGUAUGAACAGUUUUUAUUUUAAAAGAGAGACAGGCAGACAAAUCCAAAACGUGAUCCGAAAACGUAAUCCAAAACAGGCACAGGUCAAGCGAUCGGCAAACAGGCGUACACAGGGUUAAACAUGAAUCAAGGUCGUGGUCACGGAAAACAGGGUCGAUAAACAAAACGAGAAACAUGAACUAUGACGAGGAACUGGGAGCGGAUAAUCCAGCGUGAACUAACUCUAAACAUGGAACGUGACUAUGACUACUAAACGAACUAAUCUAACUCUACGAUAAUCUUCCGCGUCGUGUGCUGGGAGGCGCGCGGUAUAUAUGUGGACAUGAUCAGCGUCUAUACCGCUAGCAGUUGAGGGCAAUACAGACACACGUGAAAUCCCAGCCAAUGACAGAACAGGGAGGAGACAUGACAGAAACAUGAACAAAACACACGUGUCCAGAUGUCACUACUGUCAACAAUGGAAAAGCAGGGAUCUGGGAUGAUGCUUACCACAUCUAAACUACCACAGCUUGGCCUGGUAGUAACAAGUUGGCUUGGAGGACUCUUAACUUGUUUGUUGUUUUUACAGUAUAACUCACCAAAAUGCGCACCUCAAUACAUUCCUCCGUUCAAGCCCGACAAUAACAAGAGCGUAAACUUCUCGAAACCCAUUUCGACCACAUCUGGUCAGCCCAAGGAGGAAAAACCCAUCCUGCUGCUGUGGUUCUGGCCUGAAAACUACAGGUGGAACUUUCAAGACUGUAAGACCAUAUACAACAUCGACGGCUGCCAUUUGACCGAUGACAGAAACCUUUACAACCAAGCGGACGCGGUCCUCAUUUUCCACAAAGCUAUCAAACAUGAUCUCUCCAACCUUCCGCCGUCUCCCCGGCCACCGUUUCAAAAAUGGAUCUGGCUCCAUGUAGAAUCGCCGACCAACACGCCAAGGAUCCCAGGCGUGGAGAACCUUUUUAACCUCACGCUGAGCUACAGACGGGAUGCGGACAUUUCUGUGAGAUAUCCACUCACCGUCAGCAAAAAACCAAACGAGGACUUUGUGAUCCCGAAGAAGGACAAACUCCUCUGCUGGUUCGUGUCCAACCUUGCCCCUAGUACCGGAAUAGGGACCAGGAUGAGCUACUACAACGAGUUAAAGAAGUACAUCACUGUGAGCAUUUUUGGAAGAAUGUCUGGAGCGCGCAUGAGAGAUGAAGACUACUUCCCCACCAUGUCUACCUGUAAGUUCUACCUUUCUUUCGAGAACUCCAUCCACAAGGACUACAUCACAGAGAAAUUAAACGGUCCUCUUGCAGCCGGGACCGUCCCUGUCGUCUUGGGGCCGCCGAGACAAAAUUAUGAAGACUUUGCUCCGGGUAACUCCUUCAUUCACAUUAACGACUUCCCUAACGCCGAAGCGCUGGCUAAUUAUCUGCUCAAGCUGGACAAAGACGAUGAAGCUUACAAACGCUACUUCGAUUGGAGAAAACACGUGAGAGCGACUCCGCAUCUGACCUAUUGGAAUCAAGAGUUCAUCAUAUAUAUCUGCCACGCCUGUGAAUACAUUGGAAGGCACAGAGAGUACAAAGCUGCACAUGACAUCUACAAGUGGUGGUUUUCAUAAAGAAGAACUUGAACACUUUAUCAUUAUAUAUCAUUGGGACUGGGCUUAGAUUUCUUUGCGAGUUGAUAAUGAUUCCCGAACCCUAGCUCUAUUAAGUAAUUCCCUAUACUUUGUAAUCAUGUUAUGAUUCAAGAGUCACUUUACGAUGCCACAGGGUGGGCUAUUAACAAAUAGGUAAAAUAUUACGGAUGUCAUCACUACAUACAAUAAGUUAAGCUAAUGUUAAAUUAUUCCUCAUUAUACACACUGUGUAUUUCUAAGUUAUUUAAAAGAUUGUUUUUGUAAUGUUAAAUGGAACCAUUACAACAUUUGUGAACAAAACAGCAACAACGUUAAUACGUAGUACAGUUGCUGUAUAAAUAUAUACAGAUGAGAAAAAAAAAGUUGGAGUUAAGUGUUUCCAUAUUACAUCACACAAUAAAAUUAUAAACAAUUUAAGAAAUGAACAAAAUGAUAUAAGGUUUUUCUUUUUCUUUUUUUAAAAUAUUAAUUGUAGUCAGUGAACAUUUACUUUUAUAAUUCAGUACGUUUACAUGGACAACAAUACUCCACUAUUAACCCGAUUAAGACGAUACUCUGAUUAAAAAACUAGCGUGUAAACAGAAAUUUUUAAUUAUCUUAAUCCGGUUAAAGUCAUACUCGAAGUAAACACAAAUGGAAUUAAGGCGCGUGGAGUACUCCUAUUUUAGUCGCGUUAUCGACGUGCAUUACAGACAUGUAAACACCUUAAUCACACCAUUAACGUCGUGUGAGAGGUUUCACUGCAUUUUGCGACAGGACACGUACACGCACGUCAGCGCUCAACCGUUUUACGGCAAACAAGAGAGUUCGGGUGCGUCUCAAACUGCAUACUUGCCUACUAGUAGGAGAAAUACAUGCAUCUCGGCUACUAUAUAGAAGGUAAGUACGCGGUUUGAGACGCACCCCACAGCUUCGAGCAGUCGUCUAUUAGCACGUACAGCAUGACGGAUAAUUAACCGCACUGGAAGCGUUCGUAAAAAUGAAAAAUAAAAACACCAAAAACUAUAUAUACGGUAUCAUAACGAAGACCAACUGUAUGUCGAUACGUGGAAUUCUGCAGGGACGUCGGACGGCGUGGCGCGGUGAUGUAAUGACGUGUGCUGUUAAUCUAAUUAUGUUCUAAAACAUGUAAAACGGGUACAUGAAAGGAGUAUUCUAAAAGCGACUCAUGUAAACACCUUAAUCACAAUAUUAUCUUACUCACAGUAAGGACAUUAAUUAGAUCACGGCUGUCCAUUUGUAAUUGCGUACAUUCGCUAACAAUUCUUUGGAAUUUUGUUUUCAUAUAUUAGAACAAUAAAUGUAUAAACACCGUCUAUAAAUUAUACUGUCUUACAACUUACAUAGAACAGAUUUAAAAAAAAAAAAAAUAUAGCACUCAAUGGUCAUUUUUUAAUAUACAUAUAUAUUUUUUAAUCAUUAAUAAAUAGUACAGUUGAUUAAUACUUAUGCACAGGUCAUUAUUAUUAGUGAUAAAUGCCGUACAGUACACCACAGGGCAUGAUAAUGAAUAGUUAAAAUUUAAGACUAUCAACAAAUUAUAUUAUUAAAAAUGGAAAUACUCAGGAAUUAUUACUACAUACAAAAAAAAAAAAAAAAAAACAAACAUUAUAAGCACCAAUGUCACACUGAAAAUUAUUUAUUUAUUUGCUACGGUUAAACAUGAAGAUUCUGCUGGUACGUGGUUUCUAUGUAAGAUUGUUCUUAGUAGUGUAAUAUUAAUAAUAACGAAUGACUUUAUGAUUAUACUGGAUUAUUAUUACACCGCGAUAAAGAGGCUAAUCUUGAUCGAAAAGCUCAAACCGCACCUGCUACAAUACUCCCGAAGGACUAAACGUCGACAGUGUCGGGUUGAAUAAAACUCAGGAACUCAUGAACGUGCAGGACUUUUGCAAGAAAACGAACUAGGACAAACGGGAGAAUAAUAAUAAGAAGAAUAGGAAUAAUAAUGAAGACAGCAGACUGACAGCUUAGAACGCACAUAACAUAACUAUCAUUUUGGUUUUAGCUUCUGUGUGUAGUUUAAUAUUGAGUGUUUGGUUGGGAGUGGAAAGUUAUUGUUUGUUUGGGGUUUUUUUUUUUUUCUUUCUUUCGAAGAAUGCUGUGCCUUAUGUGUAACUACAAAGAAUUUGAUGUUCACUGAGUGAAUUAAACUCUGAGUCAUUGUGUCAAUUCCUAUCAGAGAAGGAACUCUGGACUACAGUUCCCUGCAGCCACUGGACCUCAUUGCAUCAUGGUCACAUGACCACCUGAAUCACAUUCCAGCAGUUCUGUGUACUUUAUAUUAGCCAGAGUUUGUACUGCACUCCUUGUCUUAUGUUUGACUUUCUUUAGCGUUAUCUCCAUUGCUGUAUUUAUGGUCUUUGUUGUAUGUUCAUUCCUAGCCGUGGUGUUUUUUGCCAGUGGUUCUAAGUUCCAGGUUUGUCUUUGGAUUAUGUUCAUAUUAAACGGUUUCACUGAA